UCCUUUCUCUGCCUCCGCUACGACCGCCAUCUUGCUGCCGCCGCGUGUUGCCGUCGGAGGAAGCCCCAGCCUCGGCUCCAGGUAAAGCGGUCGCUGCCGGAGCCUCGGUCCCGGCGCCCCCGAUCCACCAGCAGCAUGAAUCAGGAGAAAUUAGCCAAGCUUCAGGCUCAGGUCCGGAUAGGAGGCAAGGGCACAGCACGCAGAAAGAAGAAGGUGGUGCAUAGAACGGCCACAGCAGACGACAAGAAACUUCAGAGUUCCCUCAAAAAAUUGGCUGUGAAUAAUAUUGCUGGUAUUGAAGAGGUGAACAUGAUUAAAGAUGAUGGGACAGUUAUUCAUUUCAACAACCCCAAAGUCCAGGCUUCCCUCUCUGCCAACACCUUUGCAAUCACUGGCCAUGCAGAAGCCAAGCCAAUCACAGAAAUGCUUCCUGGAAUAUUAAGCCAGCUCGGAGCUGACAGCUUAACGAGUCUUAGGAAGUUAGCCGAACAGUUCCCAAGGCAAGUGUUGGAUAGCAAAGCACCCAAGCCUGAAGACAUUGAUGAAGAAGAUGACGAUGUGCCAGAUCUUGUAGAAAAUUUUGACGAAGCAUCAAAGAAUGAAGCAAACUAGAGUGUGGUGCUUCUUGGCGGCCGGCAUGGACUAGAUUGGAGAAAGGAGCGGGUGGCUUCAGAGCUGUACAGCGGCAGAGAACGUCACCUGUUCAUAGUUCAGUAAUAUAAAUAUUUUGUAUAUUAAUGAUGCUGUUUGUUCAGCAUUUUUCUGUCAGUUGAUUUUGCAUUUUGCACUUCUCCCAGGAUCUCCUCUUUUGGUCAAAAUACGAAGUAUUGGUGCAGCUUUGAGGGUUUUUGUGUGUUUGCGAGUGCGUAGUGUGUGGGUGUCCGAGUGUGUGGGUGUGUGUGUACAGUGGAGAGCAAAUUGGAUAACAGUUCUAUUGAUCCUCCCCCUGCCCCCAGUAGAAAAUAAAACAAAUCUUUAAGUCUCUUCCUUUUUAUCUUUGCCCAGUAGUGCACAGAAGUAGUGAAAAGUGAGUGUCUUGUCUAUACUUCAAGAACUCAAGAUAUCAGAACGUUCAGGACUGGGUUUCAAUUUGCUUUGUUAACUAUUGUAUUUGCAAAUACCUUUCUGUGUUGAAAAUGUCUUUCUGAGAGCUGGGGGCCAAGCUUCCUGCUAGGGCAUGGGCUAGGAGACGCCUUAGGUCUUGCAGCCUUUGAUUCCAUGGUCAGACCUAGAAGGGUUUCUCUUUCCCUCCCUUUUUUCCUAGAUGUUUCCUUGCCCCCUUUUGUCUUCAGAUGGUUUGAUCAGCCUUUGUUAGUGCUCCUUAUCACGUCUCAUUUAGACCCAGAAGGAUGUUCUCCGUUUAGGGUUGUGCAAACAGCUAGAUCCCUCUCCUUGUAAAGCGUUGUUUCUCUUGUCCUGGGGAACUGUAGGCCCACUCUUGACCUUCUGUUUGCCGUGGAUUUAAAUCCAGGGGAGCUGGCAGGGGCUGGUAUGCCUUUGCCGAGAGACUUGAUAUCCCAACGGUCCUCACUGUUCUGAAGGACAGAGACAGCUUUCCAGCAAAUUUGGAACUGGCAGCCUUCUGUGGAAUUGGAAGCAAAGGGGCCCUAGAGCCUUGCCUUGUGUCCCCUGGGAUGUCUAUGGGAUGAUGAUACUGGCCCGGAAAGGGUUUCUUUGCCCUGCUUCCCUGCUCUUGGCCUUGAAACCUACUUCUGGGUCGGAUGUCCCCGUUGUUGUAGCUCAUGGCACCCGCCAGUGUGUGUGCGUAGAAUAGAGCAGUGUUUAGGCAGGCUCCUCCUCCUGAAGGCUCGGGGUGCUCCUUCACCAGAACUUCCCUCAAGGCCUUGGAGGAAAGCCUUGCAAAGUGACAAGUCUGCCCUUCGUUGGAGCAGGCAUUGAGGGGGAGCCUGAGGGUCUGCAAGGGCCUCCGACUAUCAUCCAAACCAUCCAUGGCUCCCCUUCGUGGCGUGAUGACUCUGCACCUGCAGAGCUUUGGAGACCAAGAACCCCCCAGGGGUCUGUAGACGACAGCGGCGAAGAGAGAGCUCUCGUGGCUUGUCGUCCAAACUCCUCCGUGGAUUUUAUAGACUUGUUCAUUUUCCUGUUCUGUUUUAUAUAAUAUAUGGACUUAACUAUAAAAUAAAAUAACCGUACAAAAGAA